GGCCUUUUCCUUGUUUGAUAAAGGCAAGCCCAGUCCUCAACUCACAUCCAUAUCCGAACAUCUAACACCAAUCUUCCCACUUCCAUUUUUUGACCUUCUACACAUCUUCAGAUGGCGACGGUACCAUCACCACCCUCGAACUCGGCACCGUCAUGCGUUCCCUAGGACAAAACCCUACCGAUGCAGAGCUGCAGGAUAUGAUCAACGAGGUCGACGUAGACGGUAACGGGACGAUCGAUUUCAAGGAAUUUUUGUCCAUGAUGGCGAAAAAGUUCAAGGAUACAGAUAGCGAAGAGGAAAUCAGACAGGCGUUCCAGGUAUUCGAUAAGGACGGGAACGGGACGAUCAGCGCGAAGGAAUUGAAGGCCGUUAUGGAGAGUUUAGGUGCGUUGCUCGGCCUGCUAAAAUGGAUAAUCGCGAUUUCUGAUCGUGAUGUGUUCGUUGAUCUAGGUGAGAAAUUGAGCGAUAAAGAGGUGGAUGCUAUGAUCCAAGAAGCGGACCUAGAUGGCGAUGGAUGCAUCAACUAUCAGGGUAAGCCUUUAUCUCUGUGAUUCUCGUAACGUCUCAGUCGGCUGAAACAAUCCUUAAAUCUCUUUUUUCUGCACUUUGCAGAGUUCGUCAACGUACGCCCUUUCCAUCGAUCGUAUAACACGUUCUGAUCUCGUUUUCCAUAGAUGAUGCUCAGCAAAUGAAGAAGGGGUCCGAUCUCUGCGUCCGCUGUAUUUUUCAUUCGUAUAAUUAUGACAAUUUAACCAACACAAAAAUCUGUUCAACCUGUACUGAAUGUACUUAAGAUUCACAGUUUAUGUACUCUGCUUUUUCGGAUUGCAAUAAUAAUAAUUGGACAAUCAUGAUUCAAUCGAAGGUAUGCUUGACGCUCGUCGCUUAUGCAUGUAGGCAGACUGAGGCAGACUGAGAUUUGCAUGCAUAAUGCAUUGACAUACGACUCCGACGUCC